CCUUUUUCACUCUCUCUCUCUCUCUAAACACUCUUCCGCUUCUGCUUUUUCUCUCUCUCUCUCUCUCUCUCUCUCUAUGGCUUCUUCUCGCCGGAAACCACCACUAUCUACAUAGCAGUACUGAUUAUAAUCCAUUGAAUUACAUUCUUGUUUCUUUUACAAUGGCGGUGUUUUCAAAUUCAAGGUUUGUGUUUUGUACUUUGUUCUUUGCUUCAAUUUUGAGUCAAUACCAAGUAGUAUCGGAACCUAUAGAGGAAAAGCAAGCUCUCCUUGCUUUCCUUUCUCAAAUCCCACACGCUAAUCGUGUUCAAUGGAACUCUUCAUCUUCCGCCUGCACCUGGUUUGGUGUUGAAUGUGAUUCUACAAAUUCGUCUGUUUAUUCACUACGGCUUCCUGCUGUUGGUCUUGUUGGUCAAAUUCCUGCUAAUACUUUAGGUCGACUGAGUCAACUCCGAGUUCUUAGUCUUCACGCGAAUCGGUUAUCCGGUUCUCUCCCUUCGGAUUUUUCUAAUCUCGAGCUUCUUCGUAGUCUUUAUCUGCAAAAUAAUCGGUUCUCCGGUGGGUUUCCGGAGAGUCUAAUCGGGUUAACCCGGUUGAACAGGUUGGAUAUUUCAUCGAAUAACUUUUCCGGCAAUAUUCCCUUCUCCAUUAACAAUCUCACCCAUUUAACGGGUCUUUUGUUGAAUAACAAUGGCUUCACUGGGAAUCUCCCUAGUAUUAAUCCGUCGGGACUUGUGGAUUUCAAUGUGUCGAAUAAUCAACUCAAUGGGUCGGUUCCUACGACUCUCUCUAAAUUUCCAGCUUCAUCUUUUGCCGGUAACAUUGAUUUGUGUGGUGGUCCAUUGCCGCCUUGUACUCCAUUCUUUCCUUCUCCGUCAUCUUCUCCAUCACCUUCUUCGAUAGAGCCAAAAUUCAAGAGAUCGAAGAGACUGUCAACCGCUGCCAUUGUUGGAAUAGCUGUCGGUUCAGGGCUUGGGCUUUUACUACUAUUGCUAUUCCUUUUCCUAUGUUUGCGUCGAAAAUUAACAAGGAAAGAGUCAACUACAAAGACACAGAAGCCGCCAACGACGACAGCAGCAGCAUUCACAGGAGCGGGAGAGGCAGGAACAUCAUCGUCAAAAGACGAUUUAACAGCUGAAGGAGAGAGGAAUAAACUUGUUUUCUUCAAUGGAGGAGGAGGCUAUAGUUUUGAUCUUGAAGAUUUGUUGAGAGCAUCAGCUGAAGUGUUAGGUAAAGGAAGUGUUGGUACAAGUUAUAAAGCUGUUCUUGAGGAAGGUACUACAGUUGUUGUGAAAAGGCUUAAGGAUGUUGUGGUUACAAGAAAAGAAUUUGAACAACAAAUGGAUGUUUUGGGGAAGAUGAAACAUGAGAAUGUGCUACCUUUAAGAGCAUUUUAUUACUCUAAAGAUGAAAAAUUGUUGGUCUCUGAUUAUGUUCCUGCUGGAAGUUUGUCUUCUCUUCUUCACGGUAGUAGAGGAUCAGGGCGUACACCACUUGAUUGGGAUAGUAGAAUGAGAAUAGUGUUAAGUGCAGCAAGAGGAAUUUCAUACCUUCAUAUUUCAGGAAAAAUUGUACAUGGAAACAUCAAGGCUUCAAAUGUUCUCCUUAAACAAGAUAAUAACCAAGAUUAUGCUUGUGUAUCCGAUUACGGACUAAACCCUCUUUUCUCCACCACCGCGACACCGGUCAACAACCACCGUGUUGCAGGAUAUCGUGCACCGGAGGUUCUUGAAACACGAAAGGUCACGUUUAAAUCAGAUGUAUAUAGCUUCGGAGUAUUGAUUUUGGAGCUCUUAACGGGGAAAGCUCCGAACCAAGCUUCGCUUGGUGAAGAGGGCAUAGAUUUGCCUAGAUGGGUUCAGAGCGUCGUGAGGGAAGAAUGGACCGCAGAGGUGUUCGACGUUGAGCUAAUGCGGUACCAUAAUGUGGAAGAAGAGAUGGUACAACUACUUCAGAUCGGAAUGGCUUGUGUUGCUAUUGUGCCUGAUCAACGACCUACAAUGGCGGAGGCGGUAAGGAUGAUUGAAGAAAUGAAUAGAGAUGAUGGUCUUCGACAAUCUUCGGAUGAUCCAUCCAAAGGUUCCGAAAGCCAAACACCACCUCAUGAGUCUAGAGGCUCGCCUCGUGGUGUUACACCAUAAAAUUGUUAGGAUCGAGAUAAUCAGAUACCAGACUGAACAUACAAAAAUGGAUGGUGUGAUUUAUUUUGUCAAAAAUUCUCAGUAAACGUAAGUAAAUUGUAUUAAAUGAUACUUAGGGGGUUGGAGCAGGCAAUAUUUGGAGGUUUGGGAUGGGGGACUGUUAUGUCUUUAUUUUAUUUUAUUUUAUUUUUUUCUUGAAAUUAUGUUGAGAAAAUUUGUGCAAUGAUUUUAUAGGAAGGUAGUUGAGAAAUUUGAAUAUUUCCAUGAAGUGAUUUGGGAAAUUGGAAUUGACCGUUUGUAUUAUCUCAUUCUUUUUGUUGGAUAGUCUACUGGUGAAGUAUAUAAAGUUGUUUAGCA